CCCCCCCCGACUCCGCACGCCUCUCUGCCUCUCACACACACACGCGCGCUCACGCUGCCUCUCAGUCUGCCUUUCCCCGGAGGUGCACCGCUAGCCAUCGAAUGAGGGGCCAAAGUUAAGGGAUUUAACCAAUAUGAACCAGCGUUGCUCGUAGCAGUGCCCUAUCCAGAGCAGAGAAGAAUCCAGAGAGCAUCCCUGCAGGAAUGGAGUCGGUAAAACAAAGGAUUUUGACCCCUGGCAAAGAGGGAUUGAAGAAUUUAGCUGGAAAAUCGCUUGGGCAACUCUACAGAGUCCUAGAGAAGAGGCAGAAGCCUGGGGACACCAUCGAGCUGACAGAAGAUGGAAAGCCCAUGGAAGUGCCCGAGAAGAAAGCUCCUUUGUGCGACUGUACCUGCUUCGGGCUGCCCCGGAGAUACAUCAUUGCCAUCAUGAGUGGACUGGGAUUCUGCAUUUCCUUCGGGAUCCGAUGUAAUUUGGGAGUGGCCAUCGUGGAUAUGGUCAAUAACAGCACCAUACACCGAGGAGGAAAAAUUAUUAAAGAGAAAGCGAAGUUUAAUUGGGAUCCUGAAACAGUUGGCAUGAUCCACGGCUCUUUUUUCUGGGGAUACAUAAUCACCCAGAUCCCCGGCGGGUACAUCUCGUCCCGGCUGGCAGCGAACAG